CAAAGUUCUAAUGGCCCAGUGAAGAAGUCCAUGCGAGAGAAGGCUGUGGAACGCAGGAAUGUUAAUAAGGAGCACAACAGUAACUUUAAAGCGGGAUAUAUUCCAAUUGAUGAAGACCGUCUCCAUAAGACCGGCUUACGUGGCCGGAAAGGCAAUUUGGCCAUUUGCAUGAUUGUUCUUCUUUUUAUUUUGGCUGUCAUCAAUCUUAUUAUUACACUAGUUAUCUGGGCGGUGAUUAGAAUUGGUCCCAAUGGUUGUGACAGUAUGGAGUUCCAUGAGAGUGGCUUGUUGCGCUUUAAGCAAGUUUCUGACAUGGGCGUUAUACAUCCAUUAUAUAAAAGCACUGUAGGAGGCAGACGUAAUGAAGAUUUGGUGAUCACUGGAAAUAAUCAGCCUAUUGUGUUUCAGCAAGGAACAACCAAGCUUAGUGUGGAAAAAGACAAAACUUCUAUUACCAGCGAUAUUGGCAUGGAAUUUGUUGACCCACGGACACAAAAUACCUUGUUCAGCACAGACUAUGAAACUCAUGAGUUUCAUCUGCCAAAUGGAGUUAAAAUCUUGAACGUACAAAAGGCCUCUACAGAAAGG